GGAAGUCCCGAGCGCUCAGAGAAGCAAGUUUGUGAUGUUUGAAACAGAAAAGCACUUUCGUGUCCAUAGCAAUGCAAGAUGGCCAACAAGUCAUUCGGUACUCCUUUUGGGGCAGGGACGGGAGGCUUUGGGACUUCAUCUACAUUUGGACAACAGAAUGCAGGGUUUGUAACGACAGGUGGUUUUGGUGCUUCUGCUUCUGGAACCACAAACAACAGCGUUGAUCUCUUUGGCGCAACACAGAACAAACCUGAUGGGCUGUUUGGCUCCAUCACAUUUGGGCAACCUGUCAAUUCAUCUACCAGCAGCGCAUUUGGGUUCGGUGCAACAAGCGGGACCUCCAAAAGCCCCUUUGGAAACACUAAUACAGGAGGUGGAGGUCUUUUCUCUCAGCAAGGCAAUGCAUUUGGUGCCAACAAACCCGCCUCUUUUGGCACUUUUGGCACUUGCAGGGGAGGAUUCUCCAAUCCGUUUGGAAAAACCCCUUCGCUCUUUGGAUCCUCUGCUUUUACUGCGACCCAGUCUGGCACAACCAUCAAAUUUAAUCCACCAACAGGAAGUGAUGCGGUGGUAAAGAGCGGUGUGACGACCAGCAUCAACACCAAGCACCAGUGUAUCACAGCAAUGAAGGAGUAUGAAAACAAAUCUCUAGAGGAGCUGAGGUUAGAGGAUUACCAGGCAGGGAGGAAGGGACAAUCCUACAAAGGGGCUGCAGCCGCAGGAACCCUCAGCACUGCUACAGGCCUCCUCGGGACCUCGGGUGCUGGGUUCAACCAGGCAAAGCCCUCAUUUAACUCUGCUACGAUUGGCUUUGGGACGACCCCCGGUUCAUUUGGCCAGACAUCGCAGACCAAUAGUCUCUUCAAGCCCUUUGGUCAGGCCACCACUACCCAAAACACAGGCUUCUCAUUCAGUGGCACCAACACCAGCAGCAUAGGUUUUUUUGGCAACACGGCUGAGUCACAUCCCAGAGGUCUAUUUGGAAACAUGGCAAAAACCAGCAUGGCCAUGGGCUUUGGGCAGCCCAACACCGGCUUUGGGAAUGUGGGUACACAGAAACUGGUUGUUAAUAAGCCUUCGGGGUUUGGCAUCACCACCAUGAGUGCUCCCUCCUUUGGCACAAGCACCGGCCUGUCUGGGAACAAACCCAUGCUCACUUUGCAGAGGAGCACAAACACCUCCACCCUUGGUGUAGGUGCAGGGCCGACGCCUCUGUCUGGAACCAACCAGAACAAGAUAGGCUUCACCAUGGGGACAGUGGGGAAGCCUGGGUUUAAUCUUUCAGCCCUGACAGAUUCCAAUGCUGCAACCCAGCAAGCAGUGCUUCAACAGCAGCUGUUCUAUGCGAAUUACUAUUCUCCUUAUGGAGAUAAUCCAUUAUUCCUGAACCCAAUCCAUGAACCCAAGAAGAAAGAGGAGCAGCAGAAGCCAGCUAACCAGAGGGCCCCAACGACGACCCCUACGCACUUCAAACUAACCCCUCGUCCUGCCACACCCAAGGCCCUCAGCUCUUGGAAACCUCACCACUGGGAUUGGCUAGAAGAUGACGAACCGUCUCUCAUCAGUGGACCUUUUAAGCCCAGGCGGAACAUUAAGAAGCAUGUGUUGAAGAACAUUAAUAUAAUCAACCUGCUCAGCAGCUCCAGGGACAGCAAGACUGAUGACUCGAACUCACCGUCAGGAUACCCACAAAACAGCCUUGGAUUUGUCUUCAGUCUGAGGGCAGAUGAGAGAGAAACGCAUAAUGUAAAGGUGAAAGGUGGAGCAGAAGAAUAUCUGCAAGUCUCCAGGUUCUACAUCAACCCCAUUGCUAAGCCCAUCCCACUCAUUCAGCCCUGUUUUUUGCCACACGACACCAUUAGCGAGCUAAAUUUUGGAGGCAAGUGCCUGGACGCCGGCAGUCAGGAGAUCUCUCUGGGAGACGACAGUAUCCAGAAAGAGAGAGACAAUGAACUAGACGUACAAAAGCCUUCUCACCCAGCUGGUAUUGUUCUCACUCGGGCGGGAUACUACACCAUUCCCUCUAUGGAGGAGCUGGGGAAGAUGCUGAAUGAAAACGGGGAGUGUAUUGUCGAAAACUUUACAAUAGGAAGGAAAGGCUACGGGUCAGUUUUCUUCCCUGGUGAAGUGAAUUUAACAAACCUGAACCUUGACGAGAUUGUGCACUUCAGGCGAAAGGAGGUAAUCGUCUACCCUGAUGACAAAGAUAAGCCACCUGUAGGAGAGGCCCUUAACAGACGAGCAGAAGUGACUCUUGAUGGUGUUUGGCCCAAUGACAAAACCACCUGCACUCAGAUCAAAAGCCCUCAGCGUCUGAGUGAGAUGAACUACGAGGGACGUCUGGAGAACGCCUCACGCCGACAAGGCGCCCGCUUCCUGGAGUAUAGACCCGAGACCGGAUCCUGGGUGUUUGAGGUGCCACACUUUUCCAAGUACAGCCUGCAAGACUCCGAUGAGGAGGAAGAAGUUCCCUCAAGAUGAAGAAGAUGAUGAAGGCCAUCUCUGCAGGACUGUAACAAAUCCCACCGUCCCAGCAGCAUCAGCAGAUGGCGCCACAAG